AUUGGCAGGCUGCGGCUGUCACUCAUGACGAAGCAGAGAGCAGGUCGCGUGCAGCAGGUUCGGUUGAGCGGAGGCCGAGCGUCUCAGGUGUCCUUAUCCCUGCUCCCAGUCCCUGCGUGGCGCUCUCCGCCGCUGCGCCAGCAAGGGCCUUGGCAGAUGCUCCCUAACGCCCGUCAGUGAGCGCUCGGAGAGCGCCCCGGUAUUGUCACAAGCUCCCUGGCCGCCCUCCAGCCAAUGGGAGUCUUUACCGAUUGCGGUGGGAGGGAGGACAAGCGCUGUCUCCGUAGCAACCGAAGCGAAGCCCCAUGCCAGCGUCUGAUUGGUCGAUUCAAAGCGAUUCCGUGCGCGUGGUGGGGGUUGUUGGGUGCGCGCCGCGGGACGGCGGGGUGACGGCGGCAGGACGGGAGAGAGGAUGCGGCCGGGUGGCGGGAUCAGCCCGAGCUCUGUGGCCCAGCAGCGGAUCCGGCAGCUGGAGCAGAAGCUGCGCGCUAAAGAAGAAAGAAUAGUUGUGCUGGAAACAGAAAAUGCUCUUCUUCAUCUGAAACUUGCAGAGUUUCGGGGGUUGAUUGGAAGAGACGCUAAUGAAGUGGCACAGCUCAACUUUGUUCAUGACAAGCAACAGAACUUGUGUAGAAGCACGAGCUCCUUUAUAAUCCAGGUUUAUGGAGCAAUACAGAGACUUAAGCGAGACCUGAAGAACCUCCAUGCAUUUGCUCUUGAGCUUUCAAGAGACUUUCAACAUCAGUACAAGAAUUCUCUUUACCAAGUUUUGACUGCUGUCCAAAAGAUCCAGCUGCAGAAUGAAGCUCUGCAAACAUUCCAGACAAAAGCAUUUGAUCUCAAGCAGUCUUUACAGGAAGUUAACGAGCGAUACCAGCAAGAAAAACAAAAGAGAAAAAUACUUCACAACAGUUUAAUUGAACUGAGGGGAAAUAUCAGAGUGCACUGCAGGAUCCGUCCCUUAUUGCCUUUUGAUACUGCUUUUGGACAUUCAGUCUCACAAGAUUGGCACAGAAAGCUUUCAGAAAAAGUGGCACAUGCUACUGAUGAUGAAACUGUCCUUGUAAAAUGCAAUCGUCCUGGUCAUACUUUGAUCAACAAGACAUUUCAGUUUGACAGAGUUUACAAUGCUGCUGAGUCUCAAGACACAGUGUUUGCAGAUGUGGCCCCUUUGCUUACAUCUCUGCUGGAUGGAUACAACGUGUGUAUUAUGGCUUAUGGGCAAACAGGGAGUGGGAAGACAUACACAAUGUUGGGACCACAGUCUGAGGAUGAUGUCACUCUUUCAACAGAAGAUGAACCAGAGCUAGGAAUUAUUCCUAGAGCCACAGAAGAAGUGUUCAGGCUUAUUUCAGAAAAGCCACCAGGAAGUCAUUGGGUUGAGGUUUCUGUUGUAGAAGUGUAUAAUAAUGAAAUUUUUGAUCUUCUGGCCAAAGACAGCUGUGGAAGAGUAUUCGGUGUUAAACGUGACGUCGUCACAACCAAGGAAGGCAAGAGCGAUGUGCCAUUACUUACCUAUGAGACUGUUGAAAAUGCUCUAGAAUUCUUACAGCUAGUUGAUAAAGGUCUGCAGCUAAGGGUCAAACAUCCAACACUGGUGCAUGCUCAUUCCUCUCGCUCUCAUCUGGUAGUGACAUUGACCAUAACCACGAAGGCUGUCUCUGCAGACAGCUUUGCUCCUCUAUGGACAGAUGAACAGCCUAGUCAAAAGCUAAGUAAAGAGCUUUUCUGCACCUUUCCUCAACAAAUGAAAGAUGAUAAACUCAUCUUUCCUUCCAGAGCCUCUUCUCCAGCACAGUUUGAAUCUGUUGAGAAACUGAAGCACAUCAAAACUAAACUACAGCUGGUGGAUUUGGCGGGCAGUGAAUGUGUUGGUAUGUCUGGAGUGACAGGAGUAGCCCUGAGAGAGACCUCGUUCAUUAACCGUAGCUUAUCUGCUCUGUCAGAUGUACUUGGAGCAAUAGCAGAGCAGCGCUCUCACAUUCCGUAUAGAAACAGCAAACUUACCCACCUACUCCAGGACUCCAUAGGGGGCAACGCUAAAUUGCUGGUGAUGCUGUGCAUCUCCCCCUGCCAGAAGUACUUAGCAGAAUCACUGCAAUCCUUGGGAUUUGGAACUCGUGCUCGGCAAGUUCAGAGAGGACAAGUCAAGAAAAGAAAUCUGCCAGUGUCAAGCAAAUCAAAAUAAAAGCUAAGGCUCCUGUGGAUUAAAGUAUUAUUAAUGAGUUCCUCAGAUGAAAUGUAUCUUGUUGUCAUAAAGCCAUGCUUUAAGAUGUAAACUGCCAGUUAAAAUAAACACUCCUCAAUAUGGUAUUAGCAAAGCCAUAAACUUGCUGAUAAUGUUCUUGUUCCAAAGACGAUAACAGGUAUUGAAAACAGCUACCAAGCAUGAUGGAUGGCAUGGCAUAGAAAUAUAUUAUGCUUUUUAGGGGAGCAACAACAAGACAGAGUUUUAGAGCAAAUGUUUAGCAUUGGGAAAUAAGUAAAUGAAAUCAACAGUGCAUGGAUCCUGGACAGUUCGCACUGGAAGGGCUGAAUCUCUGUCCUAUUAGUUCAGUAAAAAACACAAGUCUUUAAUAACUCUGUUUCAUUUCAAUAUCUCAAAUUUGGUGGGGAUAUUUGGUUUGAUGUUUGGGUUAAAAUUAGGCACCUAUCUUGCUGACUUGGUCUCCUCUCCCUAGCAUUGGGUUAUUCCUAACCCAUUCCUAUUCCCUCAAGAAAAAAACAGGACCCACACAACCUAACUUAAAGUACCAUGCUUUAACUACUAGGCCAGGCUUCUUCUAGCUGCUUUUGCCAUCUUUCCUGUGCUGAAUAUGUAGGAUGGUGGGUUGAGGUUUGUGAAUGAAAUGACAUUGAGGGAGGAGUCUUAAGCAAUUUCAAAUAACAUUACAGAUCAAAACAGAUCGUGGGGUAUGUAGUUGGGUUUUAUUAAUGUGUGUUAUGUGCUGUUUGAAUGCUCAGCAGAGGCCAGUGAUUCACUAUGACUUUUUGUCUCUAGGGAUCGUACUACCUCUAGCCUGGGAUAGAGGUCAUUGGUGAGUCUCUGUGAGGAGGCUUAAAUUGCAUUUGCCUAUCUGAAAGACUUUAGUUUAUAGUGCUCUGAGUCUUUUAACUUUCACAAGCAUAAAUAUUUAUCGAGAGAUUAUAUAGCAUACUACUAUUGGAAUUUCACUCUUGAAUGUAUACGUGCUGCUCCAUUACACGUGGUGCUCUGGUAUUAUCUCUGACUCUCAGUACAUUAGCAUUGUAAUUGUGUGAUGUGAGAAAACUCAUUUUCCUAAUAAUGCGGCCAGAUUAAAAUUCCUGGAUUGACUUUACCUGAUUUUAGCCAUAACACAGGAAAAAGCUAGUCAUCUUCUGGGUGGGAAUUUAUUUUCAUGUGGACAGGAUAGAGGACAUAAUGAAGUCCAAGGGUUGCUAAAAUAAUCAGAGGAGAAAGGGUUGGACUGAGUAAUGUUAGCAUAUAAAAUGAAAUGCACAGUAUAAAAUUAUGUGGGAGUUAGGCACCACGGUGCUUUUGAAAUUCCACUAGGCAUCUAUCUGCAUCUUUAGAUACCUAAAUACCUUUGAACAUCUGGCCUUAAGGUACUUUUACCUUCAAACAAAAAGAAAAGGAGUACUUGUGGCACCUUAGAGACUAACCAAUUUAUUUGAGCAUAAGCUUUCGUGAGUUACAGCUCACUUCAUCGGAUGCAUUCACCGUAGCUCACAAAAGCUUAUGCUCAAAUAAAUUGGUUAGUCUCUAAGGUGCCACAAGUACUCCCUUUCUUUUUGUGAAUACAGACUAACACGGCUGCUACUCUGAAACCUUACCUUCAAACUUGAUUUUUUCAUAAACUAUUAUUUCCUUGCUGAGGCUUUUCUUCAAAGCUAGGUAUUUAUUUACAAAAUCUACAUGAUACAAAAACUAGCAAUAAUGUAUUGUUAAGGUUGAGAAAUCAAGUCUUCAAGUGUCAGCAAAUACCAAAAGUUUAAGUUUCUACAUUAACAUUAACUCUGCCAGAUUGCACAUAUGUAACAUUUUCUAUUCCUGUUUUCCUUGUUACCUUAGUGCAUUACUCUGUUUGAUCUAUAUCAUAACAUGUACAGGAUAUGCAGGGCAGCAAAGUUAACAUUACUCUAGAAACCUUUGGUUUUGGAAUUUCCUGCUUAUAAGGGUUUGAUUCCUCAAUCUUAGUGUUGUAUUUGAUGUCCCUUUAUUUUUACAGAGGGAUGUGAGUUGGGGAGACAGACUGCUUCUAAAUUAUAGCAUGAACUGAAAUGGCUUUAAUACUGCAAUGUAAGUUAGACUCUGUAACACUGUACGAUUCCCUCACAUCCUCUUAAGGAAACAGGGAGAUCUAAAUUGGUGUAACGUGCAUGCCGAGGACCAGGAAAACGUGUAAGUUAAAAGAGGUGCCCUUAUUACGUUUAAUAGUUAAGUUCUCUCUCUCUCCUGGUAGCUGCUUUUCUUUUUAUUCCUCUUUUCUAGCCAUAAGGCCUUGUCUACUCUAAAAUCACCACUGUGCUAGAGCCCCCAGUUACCACAGAGAUGAUAGAUGGCUGUGCGGUUAAUGUACUGGGUGUGAGGCUCAGUGGAGUAAUAACAUGGUUGUGUCCUAACUAUGGUGUAACAUGGUUUAGUUGUGCCUGUGUAGACCAGAUCAGUUUGUGUUCAAACUGUGUUAUGGGACCCAUGGAAAACCCCUCAUAGGAGUGUGGAGAGAAUAAGUUUAUUAGUGUUUCUUGGAUGUUCAGAUAAUACAGGUUUCAGAGUAGUAGCCGUGUAUUCGCAGUCUGUAUUCGCAAAAAGAAAAGGAGUACUUGUGGCACCUUAGAGACUAACAAAUUUGUUAGUCUCUAAGGUGCCACAAGUACUCCUUUUCUUUUUCCAGAUAAUACAGUAACGGAGCCACAGAAGUAUCUAGAUGGAACUAUGCUCUGUCAGGGUAGCACUAAUAAUAACCUAAGGGCUAAUGUGUCCUAGAGGAAGUGAUGUUUUAUUAUGAAAAUCCAAGCAAAUUAAGGGUAACAAUUAUAAAAUCAUAACCAGUGUACAGUCUGAAUAAGAGACUCCUAAAAUAAGGUAAAACCCUUAAUAAAGCCAAAAUAUGUAUACAGCUUAGAGUUCAGCGGUCCUUUUGUGCAUGCUCUAGCAUUGCUGCUUCACUCGCUCUGUGAUUAAAGUGCUCCUUGUUUAUAGUUCAUGCCAUGAAGACCACAGCUCUAGAGGCAGUCAUUUUAUUGCCAUUAAAAUGCGCAGCACCAUAGGCAUCAGGAAAUGCAGUCCAUAACAAGGAGUAUACAUUACAUCUUUCCCAGCAAUGCAAUUUAUUUUGCUAUAUGAAUGUGGACACGUCACUAAGGGCCAGAUUUAUCAAGGUAUUUAGGUGCAGAAAGAUGCACAAAGACAGUGGGAGUUAGACACCUAAAUCUCAAGUUGUUGUAGCACUAGGCACCUAUCUACUUCUUUAGGUGCUUAAAUGCCUUUGUAAAUCUGGCCCAACGCCCAGAUCCUCAAAGGUAUUUAGAUGCUUUACUCCCCGGAUCUGGACCUAAAUUCCAGAAUUCAAUUAAUCAAUGUGUAUUAGACAUCUUACCUGAUUUGGUGCUUUUGAAAUCUCACUAGGUGCCUGCUUGCAUCUUAGGGUUCCUAAAUACCUUUGGAAAUUGACUCUAAAUCACUUUUGAAAAUGGGAUUUAGGUCAGGUAUGUGCUUCUGAAAAUAUUACCCCUAAGUAAGUGGUUUGAUUUUUUUGCAGAGGUUCUGAGCUCCUGCAGCUCCUGGGGACUUAAAUGGAACUGUAAUUGUUUACACUUAUGCAAAUCAGCUUGGAAUUUUAAAAAAAGGAACAAUUAACUAUCAUGCCUCUUUGGCCAACUCUUAAACUAAACCUCAGCCUUUGUUGAAAUUUGGUUUUAUGUGUAUAUAUGUAUAUAUUUACUUAUUUUAUUGUCCACACAUAGCUUCAUGCCUUGGCUGCAGCUACACCACAAAGAAAGGCUGUUCUUCAUCUUAGCCAGGGCUUGGAAACCCAUAAUUAGUCCUGGAAUGCUCACAAUAAUGUUUAAUUUGUUUGAAAAUAUUCAUCAAUGAAGCUAUUUUACUGAAGUGCUUUUCCAAACCGCUACAGAUUGCGAGGAGUGGGCUGGUUACUGGAAAAGGCUUUUUGUUCCCCCAGUGGGCAACAGUUGGAAGAUAACAAGUUUGCAACUCUUUUCAGCCAACGGAAAAGAAUGCAGCUUUUGUUCAUGGAGGGAUAGACUGGGCCUGGCCCAAGCCACUUGGAAUGCUGAAAGCAUCCCCUAUGGCUUCGUUUUUCCCAGUUGAGUAUAAGUAAUAACAGUCCCAGGCAGUCAAAAAUGCAGGCCAUUUACUAGACAAAUGAGACCAAUGGGUGAGCUCAAUGCAGGAAGAGGAUAGUCAAGGAUAGAUGGGGAGGGAGAAGAGGCAUGAGGAAAGAAGCAUAUCCAAUGUAGUCUGUGCAUGUAGCAUAGCCUCUGACCUGUGCCCCGGCUCUGCAUGUAGCCCAUUUUGUAUUUUGCCUCAUGCGUGGGUGUGUAUGUGUGUAUACACACGGAUUUUUUUCAAAGCCACAUCCUUGUGGUCUAGCAGGGUCUUUUUGAUAAGAUUAUGGCCAUUCUAUAUCUCAAAGUAGUGCACAGUUGGGAAUUCACCACCAAGAAAAAAUUAGCCUUUACACUAGAAGUGGAAAGUGGUCAUUGUGAUAAAGGAAGGGGGGAGGGAAGGUAGCUCCCUUUUAUGGACACCCACCCAACCACUUAGCUAUAAAAUUGGAAGAGACCUCAGGAGGUCAUCUAGUCCAACACCCUGCUCAAAGCAGGACCAACACCAACUAAAUCAUCCCAGCCAAGGCUUUGGCAUACCUAGAAACUACUCAUUUGAAACCCCCAGAUAAGUAAGUAGAUCAGGAAAUCUUUAGGAAGGCGCGAUUAGGUUUAUUUAUUUUUAUUUCUUUAUGGCUUGUGGACUCCUCUGUGCUAACUCCAAAUGCUUUUCUUUUGCUUGUAACUUUUAAGCUGGACCUCAAGAAGGUUAUUCUUUAUGCUGAAUUUUUGUAAAUGGGUUUUUUUAAUCUAGCAAUAGCCUGAGUUUUCAAUGUAUUUUCUUUCUUUUUGUUUUUAAUAAAAUUUACCUUUUUUAAGAACAGGAUUGGAUUUUGAGUCCUAAGAGGUGUGUGCAUAUGUUAUUUAAUAAGCUGGUAGCAACAGCUGAUUUUCUUUGUUUUCUUUCUCAGCUCUUCCCGGCGUGGAGGGGGGGCGUAUAUGAAAGGGCUUGAGGGUACUCUAUGGGAAGGAUUUCCCAAGUGCACCUUACUGGGCUCUCAAAGGGGUUUUUGCACUUGGGUGGUAGCAGCAUCUACCCAUGCAAGGUCAGAGAAAAUCUGUAACCGUGGGAGUUUAAUACAAGCCUGGAGUGGCCAGUAUUAAUUUUUAGAAUCCUUGCAAGCCCCUAUCUUCUGUACUCAAAGUGCCAGAGUGGGGAAUCGGCCUUGACGGUCAUUCUCUGCAAAGUAUUAAGGAUAAGUCAGUAGGUCUCAUAGGGAAUGGGAGAGAAGGUGAAAGAGAGAGUCCAAAACACCU